AUGGAGACCGGACGAGCCAAGGACCGCCAUUCAGCCAAGUCCGGGUCUUACGCGUUCGCGGGAACAACGUGGACGCCAUCCUCACAUCUGGCCCGGAUCCGCAGCCCCAGCCAGUCCACCUGGCUGUCCUCUCUCGCCUACCCCGAGGCUUUCCAUCGCGGCUUCAGGAGUCGGCCCCGCCGCCUCUCGCCGCCUACGCUCCCCCUGCUCCCCGAGCCGCAGCUGCUGCGUCUGCGUCCCACCUCUCUGCGCACCCAAGAAAUCUCGCACUUGCUCACCGGCGUCUUCCGUAAUCUGUACACCAACGAGGUUUUCGGCGACGAAGUGAGCACAAAUUUGAUCAAGGCCCGCGGCAGCGAGGAUGCGGUCCACGAGGAGUUCGUGGACGAGCUGCAGCAGAUUCGGAAGCUCUAUAAGCAGCGGUUGGAUGAGUUUGAAAUGUUGGAGAGACAUAUCAUUCAGGCCAGUGCACAGGCCAUUGCGGAGAAAGAGCGGUGCAUGCACCAGGCCAAAGUACUCAACCUUGAGUCCUUCAUCAAGAUGCCUCCAGUGAAGACUGUCUUCAGAUGGUGUGUGGACAGUAAGUUGCUACAGAAACAUCAUCUUAUCUGCCCGGACGAUUACUACAGCGACGCAGCACCAUUUUGCUCUGCACCUAAAGGCAACUUGGUCCCUGGCUAUUUGAAGCCGACGUUCAGCUGUGAGAAGCGCUCCGUCCCGAAGAAAGAGCUGACCGAGAAGCUCGAGGCCGCCCGCAGGCAGACGCUGAAGUCUGAAGACGAGGCAGACCACACCAUGGACAGCCUGUCCUGGGACUCAUUCUUAAAGGCCAAGUGCAGGAGCAAGGACACGGCCAAGAAAGCAAGUCCACCAAAGAAUAAAAACUGGAUGAACCAUUUACGAAUGCCACAGAGAAAACAGGAGCGACUUCUCCUUGCCAGGAUGGAGAGGCGGAACUGCUUCCUAAAAAACCCUCGGUUUUUCCCUCCUAACACCCGCCGUGGAGGCAAGUCUCUCAUCUUCCCUCCCAUGAAGCCAGCACCGAAUGGAGAAGCCCAGCCUGGAGAGCUGGAACAGAGCUGUGCUGACGCUCCAGUGUUCCUCGCUAAGCCACCAGUGGGAUUUUUCACGGAUUAUGAAAUCGGAUCAGUGUAUGAGAUGGUCAUCUCCCUGCAGAACACCACCUCGACCAGCCGCUGCCUGCGCGUCCUCCCACCUUCCACCCCGUACUUCUCGCUGGGAUUGGGAGUCUUCCCAGGGAAUGGUGGAAUGGUAGCUCCUGGAAUGACCUGCCAGUACACUGUCCAGUUUUUUCCUGACUGCCUUGGGGAUUUUGAUGAUUUUAUUUUGGUGGAGACCCAGUCGGCCCACACGCUCCUGAUCCCCCUGCAGGCCCGGAGGCCGCCCCCAGUGCUGACACUGUCGCCGGUGUUGGACUGCGGUUGCUGCCUCAUUGGGGGGAUGAAGAUGAGCAGAUUCCUCUGCAAAAACGUGGGCUUCAGUGUCGGCAAGUUCUGCGUUAUGCCCAAAAAGAGCUGGCCACCCACAAGUUUCAGGGCUAUCGCAACCACUGGCUUUGUUGAGCAGCCUCCCUUUGGGAUCAUGCCCUCGGUGUUUGAGCUGGCUCCGGGGCAGGCCAUAUUUGUGGAGGUCGUGUUUCUCCCAACGAGCCUCGGAGAGGCAGAGCAGACCUUCAUCGUCGCGUGUGACAACUGCCAGAUAAAGGAGCUGGUGACCUCGGGAACUGGGCAGCUGAUUGCCUUGGACCUCAUCUAUAUUUCCGGUGAAAGAAGUCAGCCGGAGCCUGGAGAACUCACAGACCUAACAGCCCAGCACUUCAUACGCUUUGAGCCUGAGAACCUUCAGUCCACAGCUAGGAGACAGCUGAUUAUUAGAAAUGCUACGCACGUGGACCUGGCCUUCCACUGGCAGAUCAUCAUGCCCAACCUGCAGGCCCUGCUGCCUGGAGAGACCUACAGCCCAGACAGCAUCAAGUACCACCCUGACAAGGAGACAGCCUUCUCCAUCACACCCGAGAGGGGCGUCCUCCAGCCCCACACGGACCAUGAGUUCAUCCUGAGCUUCUCUCCCCACAAGCUGAAGGAUUUUCACAGUGUUCUCCAGAUGGUGGUAGAGGCAGUCCCAGAGCUCACGAGUUCAGAACCAGAAAACCCCUCGUACACGGUGGAUGACGUGAUCGUCCUGGAAAUCGAGGUGAAAGGCUCCGCAGAACCUUUCCAGGUCCUCUUGGAACCCUAUGCCCUCAUCAUCCCCGGGGAGAACUACAUUGGCACAAGUGUGAAGAAAGACUUUAAGAUGUGGAACAACAGUAAGUCCCGCAUCAGAUACACGUGGGGGAAGAUCAGCGACUACCACAUCGUCGAAGUGGAACCCUGCACAGGGACCAUAGAGUCCAGCGAGGUCGAGGAUUUUGAGUUGAAGUUUACCGCGGGUGUUCCCGGCCCAACAAGUCAAGACCUGCUGUGUGAAAUCAGAGACUCACCCUCUCCGGUGGUGCUGCACAUUGAGGCAACAUUUAAGGGGCCUGCCCUCGUCAUCAACGUCUCAGCCCUUCAGUUCGGUUUGCUGCGUCUGGGGCAGAAAGCCACAGACUCCAUCCGGAUCCAGAACACCAGCCCGCUCCCGGCCACGUGGCACAUGCAGGAGAGCUCGGUCUGCCUGGAGGAGCGGCAGGAGGGUGUGUCUCCUUUCACCAUUGAGCCCUCCAGCGGCCAGAUUCACCCUCUGGGGGAGCUCAGCGUGAGCAUCACCUUGGAGGCCCUGCGGGGCCAGUGUCUGCAGACUGUCCUGGUGCUGGAGGUGGUGAAUGGGCCCUGGAGCUACCUCCCUGUGUAUGCCGAGGUACAGGAGCCCUACGUGUACCUUCGGAGCAGCCAGGUCGUGGUCAGCAACCUCUACCUGGGCGUGCCCGCGGAGGCGACCGUCACACUCAUCAAUGGCACGCUCCUGCCCACCCGGUUCCACUGGGGCAAGCUCCUGGGGCACCAAGCAAGCUUCUGCAGAGCCAGAGUCUCCCCCCGGCGUGGCACGCUGGGCCCCAGUGAGGAGUUCCAGCUCAGUCUGGAGUUGACCACCCAUACCCAGGAAGAGCUGACCGACCUGGCCCUCCCUUGCACCGUGUCAGGCAUGAAGGAACCACUGAUUCUGGGCAUCUCUGGGAAACCCCAGGGACUGCAAGUGGGCAUCACCGUCUCUACAGAGGGCUCUGAUGGAAGUGUUCCCGGCACAGAGCAGUGGCCGGGCCACGAGGAGGAGCUCCGCCUAGACUUCGGCUCAGCAGUGCCACUGAGGACCCGCGUGAAUCGCCAGCUCACCCUGACCAACUACUCCCCGAUACAGACCUCUUUUGCCCUCAAGUUCGAGUACUUCGGGAGCCCUCCAGACAGCCUGAACCCCAAAACCAGCAUGCCUGACGUGUCUCCCGCCCUGCUGAAGACGGCUCGGAAUCUCCAGCAGUUGGCCAAGCGAGAGCAGCAGGACUUUAUGGAAAGCAUGUUGUCUCACGGGAAAGGAGCUGCCUUCUUCCCCCAUGUCUCCCAGGGCAUGCUGGGGGCCCGUCAGCAGCUCCACAUCGACAUCACAGGCUGCGCGAACAUGUGGGGCGAGUACUGGGACAACCUCGUCUGCACGGUGGGAGACCUGCCGCCCUCGGUCAUCCGGGUGCACAUGGCAGUGGUGGGCUGCCCCAUCAGCUCUCUGAGGACCAACUACACCACUGACUGGUUCCAGAAGGAGCCUAUUGUCAGGUUUAGCACCCAGGUCUCUGGAGGAGAUACAGUCACCCGCCUCCUUCGCCUGAAUAACUCCAGCCCCUGUGACAUCCGCCUGGACUGGGAGACCUAUGCUCCAGAGGAAAAGGAGGACCGGCUGCUGGAGCUCCUGGUGUUUUACGGGCCCCCUUUCCCACUGCGGAACCAGGACGGAAGCGAACUCCUGUGUCCCGAGACCCCAGAGAGCAGCAGCUCCUUGUCGUCCCCAAGUCUCUCUAAGGAGUUGUCCAGCCACGAAGCUGCCCAUUCUGCCGAGAGCAGAUCCAGUGCGAAUGACAGGGCCACACAGGUCAUCUCAGUUGUCCUGCAGGGGCACGAGGGAGUGCCCUCCGACCACCUGUACCGCAUCAGCCCCAAGCAGGUGGUGGUCCCUGCAGGGGGCAGCAGCACCAUCUCCAUCUCCUUCACACCCAUGGUCCUCGACCCCUUCAUCCUGCACAAGGUGGAGUGUGUAGGCUACGCCCUGGGCUUCAUGAGCUUGGAUAAUGAGGUGGAAAGGGAGCUUCCAGGGAGGAGGCGGCGUCUGCAGGACUUUGCCGUGGGACCCCUGAGGCUGGACCUGCACAGCUACGUGAGGCCUGCACAGCUGAGUGUGGAGCUGGACUACGGCGAUGGCAUGGUAUUCCGGCAGCAGGCCAGCGACCUCAUCCCUGAGCAGCCCUGUUCUGGGGUGCUGAGUGAGCUGGUGACCACCCACCACCUGAAGCUGACCAACACUACAGACAUCCCACACUACUUCCGGCUCCUGGUCUCCAGGCCCUUCUCCGUUUCUCAAGAUGGAGCUAGCUUCAGCCACAGAGCUCCUGGCCCGAAGCAGGAGUGUGAGGAGGAGGUGGCAGCAGCGGGCAGGCAGCUGGUGCUCCACCCUCAGGAGAACAUGCUGGUGGACGUGUCCUUCUCGCUGUCCCUGGAGCUGCUUUCCUAUCAGAAGCUCCCGGCUGACCAGAUGCUGCCCGGAGUGGACAUUCAGCAGAGCGCGAGUGGAGAGAAAGAGAUGGUGUUUACCCAGAAUCUGCUCCUGGAGUAUGCCAACCGGACCACUCAGGUGGUGCCCCUGCGGGCCACUGUGGCCGUGCCCGAGCUGCAGCUCUCCACCAGCUGGGUGGACUUUGGGACCUGCUUUGUGAACCAGGGGCGGGUCCGCGAGGUCUACCUGAUGAACCUGAGCGGCUGCCGGAGCUACUGGACUGUGCUGAUGGGCCAGAAGGAGCGGGGCAAGGACCCUGCGGCCUUCAAGGUCUCCCCGAGCAGUGGACUGCUGGAGGCCCGACCAAUCAAUGCACCUCCAACCUCCAUCACCCUGCAGGUUCUCUUCACUGCCAGGAGCAAUGAGCUGUAUGAGUCCACACUGGUGGUGGAAGGUGUGCUCGGCGAGAAGGCCUGCACCCUGCGGCUCCGGGGCCGAGGCUCUUACGAUGAGAGAUUUGUGUCACCCUUCCGGCUCUGA